AUGUCUUCACAACCUCAAGUUACCCAGUACGCACUCCCACAACGACCAGGCCGCGGGUUCGAGUACGGCAACAAGUCCGUUAGCGACCACGGACACGGCGGCGCGCCACGACAAUCUGUAGACGCCUACGAGGAGGAUUAUGUCGUCGUAUCCCCCAAUCCUACUGUAGAUGCGACUCCCUUCCGUCCGUCGCUUGGCGAUUCCUUCGUCGACUCGGAUGGUGGACAUUCAAACCAGUCACACGACCCAUUGAUUCAAACGCAAGGAAAUUAUAACUCUUAUAACCUCCCUCCGGACGUCCUCCGCCCACUUGCCACUGAAAACAAAUUAAACCCAACGGAUCGAGCAGCGCUCAUCAGACAGACAAGGAAAAUACACAAGAUUCUGGGCGAAGUGCCACAGAUUGCAGAUGUUCAAGCCCUUCCCACCCGAACAUCCUCGAAACGCCUGCAGAGACGUCCGACACUGGCAGGUUCCGAUAUUAAGCUUGACCGAAGUGCUGCAAAGGCGGCCAUGGAGUCGCCAAAACUCGAGCCCCCUCCAGACUCGAGCUGGGGUAAAAUGGCCAGCUCCUUGGUUGCUACGGGUUCUGCGCCAGGCGUCUCCAAUGCACCAGUCCUAAAGCUCAACGUCGUUACAACUCCGGAAGGAACGACCUUGGCCAAAAGAGCGAGGAGACUAUCCGACUCUUCUGUAGCCUCUUCUCUUUUGAGCCUUCCUCGACGGUCUGGUUCGAGCAAUCGGAUCGUCAAGCCUGACGGCUCAUCGGCUCAAGAAGAGGGGGACUAUGCACGACGUGCUUCCAAGGACACCAAGCACCCCAAGUCAGCAAUCUACAUCCCACCCUCACCUACAUCCCCCAGCGGUAGCUCGAGCUCCCUCCAACGUCAACAAACGCGAGCUCGCAUGGCAAAACUUCAGCAGAUUAUGGGGGAAGCGGUCCCAUCUGAACUUGUUAUCAAGACACAACCGGCUUCUUCUGUAACUCGGCGACGACGAUUGUCCAUGGAGUCUCCGUCGGAGCCGAUGCCAGCAAAGGUACAGGCUCUCAAGCAUAAACGUUCUCGCUCCAUGUGGAAGCGUGACCUCAGAGAGGGGUCUGGAUUCGACUCUGCACCCGAAUCACUGGCGACCAAUGGGCAAUCAGAUAAAGGUCACUCCAAAUCCAAGUCGAGGGACAUGCCGCCCAUCGAAGAAUUGUUGUACAAGCAAUUGCAGGUGCCCACUUCGGACAAACAGAGGGCUUUGAACGUCAAGCGUGCCCUCAAGAUGGCGGCGGUGUUCGGUGUACCUCCUCCUCAAGCCGCUUAUCAAGAUCGACAGUCCCUUUUGCUCAAACCGACGAGUUCAAUCGAUUCUCAAGCUUCGAGGCAGAGCCUUGCAAGUUUGGCGUACAUGCUUGAUCAUGACAGAGAUUCACUUUACGACCUUUUAUCUCAUGCAGCCGACUCUGGAUCUGAAUCGGAUGAUGAGCCGCUUCAAUGGCCCUAUGAACGUAAAGGACAGCAACCUCCACCGCAAACGACCACGGUAGAGGAUGGCGAUGGCGAAAUUGGAUCGACUAAACUCACUGUUGCUGGCCGCUAUCCAGACAUGGCGCCCCCAUCUCCAUUGUUCCAGUCCACGACUCCCACACGCAGCUCAUCGCUUCCCGCAAAGGACCCCACGACGAGCCAGAAGCCAUCUGGUUCGCGCCCGCCUCCAUUGACGAUAGUCUCCACCUCGGUUACGACUUUUUCAAAUGAAGAUGGCAUGGUUCAAGUCCCCGAACGCAUUCGAUCGCCUGCUGCGCUCAAGACACCCGGUUCAGCCGACCAGCAAUUCUCCGCCAGACGCAGACGAGCCAACAAAUUGUCCAAAUUCUUCGGUGUUGGAUACCAAGACCUGUUUAACACGAUGGUUUAUGGCACGGCAUCUUUAGACACACAAUCGUCAACCGAUGCUUCUCCACCGGUGCCGCAACUCCCAGCCUCGGCGGAAACUCGAAUGCCAUCCAAUCGGUCAAAUCUCUUAGUCCCUGGGUCGUCAUCGCACGGGGGACAAGCCGGUGCGACUUGCCGUGGUGGCACGGUUCUUGUUGAGACAGACGCUGGAAGGUCUACGGUGCUCCGAACGAGCACAAAUCUCGCCGCUGACGUUGACGCGGAGGAUAUGAGCGAAGUCAUGACGAAAUUGCGGUCGCUCAAGGCGUAG